GCUCCUCGUUGUCGGAGGAGAGCUAUUGAUUUUCACACAUGACGGACCUCGCGGGAGAAGCCCAUUGAUUCUCACCUAUUUAUACCAUUAUCGUUUGAAUGUGAAUUUGUUUUUGUUUAUACUUUGAACCUGUAGCUACAUAAUAUUUUUAGAAUCAUAUUUUCAUUGAGCAUUUUACAUCAACAUUUUUCUUGAAUCCAUUUGAAAUCAUUUCAUACCAAAAUUGGCGUCUGAAAAGACUCAAUGGCGCAGAGGCCCGCCUGAGAGGACAAUAACCCACAAAGACGCGCACACAGGUAGCAGAUAUGCCGAUACGGAGGAACACACAGAUCCAGAAGACAGCCUCAUGGGCCAAACACUGCUUGGUCGUUCAUCCCUGAAGCCAGACCUGUGUGUCCAUGAGGCCCCUAAAGAGCCCAGCCAGUCUGCUCUGAAUGGGGCCUCCACCACAUGAACUGACAUGGAGGAUGAAGAUGGCACUUGUUUACUUGAUGUUUUAUGUGACCCCCAAGCCCUGAAUGACUUCCUUCAUGGAACCAACGAGCUGGAAAGUGACGACCUGCUCAUUAAUUCCUCCCCAGGAGAACCCUCGUUGUUUGCUGAUGCCCCCAGUCCAGGAUCCUUGCUGGCAGAUGAUGUUCCAUCCCGGGACACCCCCCCUCCAGGUUGCGUUGACCUGUCCUUCUUGGAAGAAGCACUUCUCAGUUCUCCAGAUGGAGGGGGGGUUCCCGAGGUAGGGCAGGGAGGCCCAGUGGGGGCUGUAGAAGAGGAGGAAGCAUGUGACAUCCUACAACAGAGUCUUCAGGAGGCUGACAUCACUGAGCAGACCUUGGCUCUGGAAGCUGGCUUGGCUGCCCCUGGAGAUGCCCUGUCUCUUUAUAACCCCCCUGGAACACUGAUUGGUUCUCUUGCCUCACAAUUCCUGGCCAAAUCCUCUCCGUUGCCCACAAUGCCCCGGGAUACCCAAGCAGCUGUGGAGCCCCCGCAGCCCUCCCUGCUGGCUGUGGGGCCAGGUUGCCCUUCCCUGAAGCCUGCUGCCCCUCAGCUCAUGGGUCUUCUACCUGGCACAGUUUUCCCUGGAACUCCACCCGAAGCCUCUAUUUCUCUGAGUCCUGCUCAGGGCUCUGGAAUGAUCAUUCAGAAGGCCCUUCCAAGCCUGACAGGUCGCCCCAUGAUGGCGACGUCACUGAGGGCCACCACAGGCCCGGGGAUUCUGCUGACACGAGGUCCUCUGCCGAUCCAGCCCAAGAUGCCUGUCAACAUCCAGCCCCGUCUGGUGCAAAUAAGUCCCAAGCCCUCUGGACAGAAGACCUCGCCAAGCCUUACUUUGGUUCAAGGGACAACUUCACCAAACAUUUUGUUGUCCCCUCCUCUGGGCCCCAAGCAACCCCCAACCACCCCUCACCUCAGCAAGCCAGUCAGUGUGCAGUUGUUGAAUCAAGGGGGAUCCAUUGUCAUCCAGCCCCAGGGUCUAUUUCAAGGCCACAAUCAGUUCCUACUUCCCAACCAAACCCCAGUGCCAGUAUCCCAGUCUGCUGGUACCACACGCCCCCUGCUUACUCCUACCAGCCAGCAAGAGAUUUCAGUGCGGGGCGGGGCGCCUUCUUCUGGUCACCUGAUGGACAGUACUCAGAUUCUUACAGCCCCCCCCAGGCAGCUGAAUUUCAGCCCCGUAUUCACAACACCAACAGGGCAGCUAGCGCUGAGGCAAGGUGCCCUCUUAUCAGGCCCUUUGCACCUGCAGUCUGCACCUCCUACUAUAGUCCAGAUGCCUGCACAAGUGGCUGGAAGCUACACGCCGCAAGGGCAGGGACGGCGGGGCACCCUGCUUCAUGGCACCGCCUUGGGGGGUCACAUCACUCUGAUCAACAGCCCCGGGGUGCUUCCGUCGGAUGUAGCCUCCAUUUCAAUUGUCAAUGGUCCUUCCGUGGUACAGGGCCUGCCUUUUGCACCUCAGGCCCAACAGCCUAUCUCCGGGGGCAUCGAUGGACAGCAAAGUCAGCCACAGACCUCCGUCUUACUGCUGCCUGAAACAUCUGCCCUAGAGGAUAAAGGCUCAAAUGAGGAACAGCUACUCCAUGUUCCACAGGUAUGUCCCACAGAGGUCCAGUCCUCUCCCCCAGUUCUGACCGUACUGCAGCCUCAGCUGGACGUCCCCCUCCACCAUGACCCAAUCGAUCCCCUGCCCGAGCACAUUUUACCACGUGCAAAUGGGCCGCAGGUGCUGGGUGGGCUGUCUAGCCCAGCUCCUCCAAAACACGACUUCAUGCAUCGUCUCCAGCAGGUCAACCAGCAGACUCUUCAGCCACAGUCAACAUCUGCUGAUAACUUGCCUGCGACACUACAGGUCCAAGUUACUCCUCAGAUCACCGUCAGCCAAGCGGGGGCCCCUCCCGUGACCCCAAUCCCUAGAGGGGUCGGCACUCCCACCCAUCCUGGGCACGAGCAGCCGGGGCCGCGAUGCUCACCUCUGAUUGGCCAGGCUUCAUUAAGCACAACCCAUGCCAGCUUCUCCUCCCACUUUGGUGGGCAGGCUGAGAGCCUGUCUGAGUCUGGACAUGGCAAGGCGUCCCAUUUCUCACGGGCCGCUAUCCCCGUGCACACGGCGCCGUCCCCUUUAGUGGUCAGUCUGUCUGUUGGGUCACAUCCGCCCACAUCUCUCCUGGGUCCGGAGGAUCUUCAAGCCCCAACUGACGCCUCCACGCAGCUGCGGGCAGAAGUUAAACAAGCUUUGGUUUCUACUGUGCAGAGUACAGGGCCUCAGCCAGCCUCUCCAAAACCCCAAGGGCUCCAGCUUCAGGGGCAACACAGUCUGAAGCACCACAGUCAAAUGACUCAGAUGCAACCCCAGCAGCAGUCAAACUCGCAGGUAACAGCGUGCAAGGAUAAAGAGAGAGAGGAGAGACUGACCCCAGCAAUACGCAAGCACAGGUUCCAGCAACUGUUGUGCAGGGAUCACACUGCAGUUCUGAGCCCGGAUGCCCACUCCCCAUUCCUGUCCCUGGAGAAUGCAGUAAUCCGUCUGCUGCCAUUCCACACUUGUGCGGGGUGUUUACCCAGCCAGGCAGACUUCCUGACAGUAGACAAGCAGUUUGAAGCUGUAUCUGACCUGCUACUGAAACGUACCAAGGAGAUGCUCAACAAGUACCGGCAGCUAUUGUUGGGGGAAGCCCAGCAGGUAAGCCCAUCAGCGGAAAUGGUGAUGCUGGAGCGGCUUUUCCUCCAAGCAGAGAGGGGAGUUCUUGGGGAAGAGAAGCGCAAGGCCCGACUAGAGCCAGAAUCCUUUCUGGUGUCUCUCCAUAAACCAGCAUCUGGACCUCCUUUGUUGCAUUCUAACAGUCCCCCCUCACCUCCCUCGUGGGCCCUGCUGUCUGAUCGGCCGCCAGGCCUCAAAACGUACCGUUCCAGUAGCCGGGGGGCACUCAAACUCACCAUAAAGCACGAGUCGGGAUCCCGCAAGGUAGUGCACAACUCGGCCUGUGAAAGUGCAUGCAGUCCUCCUUCCAGCCACAAGUCCGAUGGCACUGGGCAGCUGACUAAUGGAAGAGACACAAUUAACGAACAAGGACAAGGAGGCCAGGACCCUACAUACCCCCAGAAUCUGACUGAGUCAUCAGAGAAUAACCGGAGUCAGAUAACCGAUGAGGCCCAGGAGUCAAAGCAGAUUACUGACACACACAUAGCGUACAGCAUCUCCCAAGUAGACCCACAAUCCUCUGCUUCGGUGCUGCCCGGCACUGACCCUGUCCUCUGCCCCCCGAAACCUAAAAGACUCCGACCAGAUCCUGACCAGAGUCAGCAGGGUCUGGCUUUUCCUGGGGAGGACCAUGUCCUCAAUGAGCAUCUUCAAAGUGCUAUCGACAGCAUCCUGGAGCUGCAACGUAUGCAGGGGCCACCAAGCCUCCAGGCGCAGCCUCCUCCGGAUGGUAAGGGAGCCUCGGUGCUGGAGCAGGCCGUCAGUAGCAUCAUGGAGGGACACCAGUAGAAACCGGCAGUGACAUAUGAAGGAGAAUAAACUGUAGAAAGGAAUUUAAAGGUAGUACUGAUGUACAGGCUUAAUAUUACUAAAUACAAAUUUUAUGUAGAUGUUUCUCAUUGAACCCAUUUCAAAUAGCAGAUGCAGUUAUACUUCAGGAGUGCGUGAAAUGGUUCAAACGUUCAAACGAUAUGUCAGGUGUUCAGACAAAUCCUUCAGCAUUCGUAGCACAUCCAUAGCAGCUAAAUCAUCUGCAGUAGCAUUUACUGUACAAAGUACAAAAAAAGCAAAUGGGAUAGUAUUAUUUGAAGAUAUUGAUUUAAGGUUUGUCCCGAUGUGAAGUAUGUAUCUGUUUUUAUUAGCUUAGUAAUAAAUGGGAGCGGCCUGUUUUGUGUUUGGCAGAGAUUGAGUUGUAAAAGGGAUGAAGAGGAUUUACCGCUAUUCUGCACAAGGGCUGCUGUUCUGUGCUUCUAGUGCUCAGUUCCUCGUAUUCAGCAUUCUGACUUACAGUGGGCCAUAAGAGGAUGGUCUUACUCUAGAGAAUUUUAUUUUUCUUGAACAGUGAUCAUAGUUGAGAUUGACGCUGUGGCAAAUAAUUAAUCUUGGGUAACGCUGUAUCUUGCAUAAACUGAGUGGGGAAAAAAAAUAUCUGCAUUUGACAACCAAAAGUCAUGCAGUCCACUUCAUCCUGAAUACACCAGCAAAUAUCAAUGUUGCAUCUGUGAAAUGUUUGCGAGCAGAAAGGAGAACAAUAUACUUUGUCCAAAGAAGGCUUUAACGAGAAAAGUAGAUUAUGAUCAUGUUUAGAUGUUUCUACGCUGAGUGGAAGACAUAGAAUUCAUUCAUGUUUAGAACUUUGUAAGAUUUCUUUUAAUUUUCUGGAGACUUUUAACAGAUUAGCAAUAACAAAGAGAUGUUUGUAAUAACUGCUACUGUUAUACUGAGGGGGGGUUGCGGACUGAGUGAAGCUCACCUGCAGUUCAGAAUUCAGUGAAUUAGAGUGGGGCUAGACCCAAAUGUGAGGCACAUUCGCCACUGCCUUUAGAUCAGCCCUGUAACUGCAAUACACAGUAAGACCAACAGGAUCAAUAAGACAGAGGUGAAAGCAAGGGUGGUCAUGACAUUCUGAAGUGGUGGGUUCAGCAUGAGAAUGCCUUGUGUUGCAUAUCAUGGGAUCUAUUUCACAGGCAGGAGCAAUGUCACAAAAAGGAACAUAUCUAGCUGAUACGACUGCCUGAAAGUUUCAAUUUUAGGCAUCAUUCAUGCUCAAUUUACCCAAUAACAUAUUGACAGCAUCUUUUAAUCUUCAAAUAGCCUUUGACCAAAAACUGAGUUAGUGGUCGUUAGUGUCAAAUAUUUAUUUUUAAUACUAGAUGUUUUUUGAAUUUUUGUUGAGGAAAAAAAAUGAAUGUUGGGCUCUUUUCAUGGAAGUUGUAGGGGUUGAACAACCAAAAUUUAAUGAUACAAUGUAAAUGAAGAUGAAGUAAAACGACAAAAGUACUUAAAGGAUGACAACCAUGUAUUUAUUAAUGCUACAAGAUUUCCUAUACCAGGUGUUUGGGCUGAUCAAAAGUACAGAUGAACCCUAUUAGUAGCCUGUCUACAAAUUUGAGAAUACUGAGUGCGUUGUAAUACUAAGGGUUUAUCAUUGAAAACAGUAUUAGGUUUUAACUAAAAGAUGAGUGAUGUGAUCUAGUAAUUUGGAGGUUGCACUGUGAAUGGGUCAACGUGAUCAAAGCCUGGCCAAAAUAUUUAAUGACAUGUAUAUAGCCAAAACUAUUUAUGGAACAACAAACAUGGUUGGACGAGUUAUUUAAAUAGACAAAUUAAAUUAUUUUUAAAGUGGAUUAAAUCUUUGACUUCAGCAGCUCUUUUUUUCUAAAGGAAAAGAGCUUGAACUAAAUUCAACGAGACCUCAGAAAUCUACGGUCUCUUCAUGUUUAGGCCUCGUAGGGUUUUAAUGGAUGUCUUGAUAUUAACAGGGUUCAUCUGCAUAAAAACAGUACGAUAAUGGUGGAUUACGCUGUUGUAUUUCAAUUCCUGAAGAUCGGUUGGGGAUAAUCCUGCAUGUUGAGCCAUUUUGUGUUAUGCAUUUUGUUCUUGUUUUUAUAACGGAGUUAAUGUGACCUGGGACCUCAGGUUAGACACUGUGCUUUCAUCUUAAGACUGACAGAUUGUUCUGUUGCCAAAAUCAAGGGGCCUUAAUUCACCAGAACCAGAUUGUAAUCAUAAUACUAAAUACCCAACUGAGUACUUUGACUUAAGUCAUGGAAGUGAUUCAUUUAGGACAUGUAAAGAGAAGCUUUUGUACACAUUUUUACAGACUAUUUAUUAAAUAGUGAUUU